CUCAGCCGUAAUAACAUGUGGAACUGUUGAAGGAUGAACGCUAGUGCAACACACUAUAUACUUUUCCACUUAUUCACCCACUCAGGCUGGUGCUUGACACACUAGUUCUUUAAAGAGCAAUCUGCAGAAGGAAUAUGAAAUUAUGAUGACUGAAUCAUCAUGAAGCGACUGAGUCUAUCAUCACAGGAUUGGUUUAAGACACCGUUGGAUUUCAGCAAACAGAGUGCUGCUGUUCACUAAGUGAAGGACUUCGGUUUGUCUUGUGUUGGUGUGUUAAUGAAUAGGAUUGAGGGGCAACAAAUUGUGUUAAGGUUUUAUCCCUGUGACCGUGUGAGGACUGGUUAAAAGAGGAAGACCGCAGUCCCCCUAGGUGGAAGGCUGUGAGUGUGAGACGGAGAACGUGACGAUGUCCUUUGCCAUGGUUCACCCGUCUCCUGCUCGUUUCCUUUACUCUGAGAUUAGCACUCUCUCAGAGGAUGAUGAGAACGGCAGCGAAAGCUCAGGAUCCGAUGACAAAUCCUUUCAUCUUUCCACUCCUGGGUACAAUGCUAUCAAAGCAGACUCUCGCAAAAGGAAGUACGGCUGCAGGCCACCAGUUGGAGCCACAGAUCUUUGCUUGCCAAUUUCAGAGACACGGCAGCGUAAUGCAGCGAACGCUCGAGAGCGAGAUCGCACAAACAGCGUGAACAUGGCUUUCACAGCUCUGAGGACACUCAUACCCACUGAACCGGCUGACAGGAAACUGUCCAAGAUCGAGACGUUACGGCUGGCUUCCAGCUACAUCUCUCACCUGCAAAAUGUACUAUUAGUGGGAGAAGCAUGUGGAGAUGGGCAGCCCUGCCACAAAAGCACAGGGGCUCUAAACAACCAUCUCCAUAAGAGCAUAGAUGCGAGCCCAGACUCGGAGAACUCCCAGCCCAGACAGAUCUGCACCUUCUGCCUUAGUAACCAGAGAAGACUGAACAAAGCCAGAGAAAGAAAAACAGCUAUAAGAAGUUAAUGAAGAAGAACAAGAACAUACUGUGCAUUCACCUGAACUCUAACUGUAUGUUUUUCCUAAUGUGUUGUAAGAAUGCUACUGUAGUAUCAUACAUGAACUUUUAUUUAUCCUGUAAUUAUACAUUUCUUAAUGGACUGCAUCACCAUGGACUAAACCAAUCACUUUGCUACAGUGGCUUCAUGUGUCAGAGCUUUGAGGAUUUUACUUGCAAUCAUUAGCACACAAUGUUUGUGCUGAACAGGGCACAUUAAGACUUUAUAUACGUUUGAGAAUUGAGACGACAAAAACUACAAAUAAUUUUCAUGAUAUCAAAAGAAGAAACCAGCACUGAUUUGCUAAAUGCUAUGCUAUAUUGGACAUGAACCAGUUCACCUUUGACCUGCUCCAGCUUUAACAGCAAGAGUGGA